CUUCCAGAAUCUCCACCACCACGGCGUCCGUACAAAUAGCGGAGCGGCAGAGACAAUGGAGAAGAUAGAGUCGGAUUUGAAAGAGUUCGAGUUGAAGCAGAGGAGCCUGGCCAGGGCGUACGAUAGUAUACAUGCGCAAGCUAAUUCCUUCGUCAUCUUUACGGUGCAGUGGAAGGACCUUCAGGACCACUUUGAGUCGACUCGGCACUCGCUAGAGGCCCGCUUCCGAGAACUCGAGGCCCGGGAGGAGGAUAUCGGAGUCCGAGAGACCAAAUCGGAACCCAAAGAUUGGAACUUUCGCUCCGAGAUGGAGGCGAAGGCCGGCGAGUUGCGCGGCCUUAGUAAGAACAACUUGCAUUCGCUAUUGUCAUUGAUUGAAUCAUUGAUUGAAGAACACAGCGAUGAGGUUCUUGUUCAGGAGAAGCUGUUGAUGGAAGUUGAGAAGUAUGUUAGAGACAAGGAGAUGGAGUUUUAUUCGAUUGACAAGCGUGUAAAACAGAGGACGAAGAAAUUGAAUUGGGUUGAGAAAGUGGAAGAGAAGUCGAAAUUGGCCGAGUCUAAGGAGGGGGAAGUGAAAGGGUUUCAAGAAGCAUUGAACAAGUACGUUGCGUACAUUGAGUUGAAAAAGAGGCAAUUGAAUGAGAUUCUUGGGUCGAUUGAGAAGCACAAGAAAGAGUUUGAUUUGAAACAAGAGCUAAUUGAAGCAACGAAAAGAUCGAUUGAGGAAUGUGACAAGGAGUUGAUAUUGAAAGAGGAGAAACUUAGGUUGAUUCAGAAAUCGUUAGAGGAGUGCUCUAAUACACUUGAAUCGAAAGAGAAUAUGAUUGGGGAAAUAGAUUUGAAAGAAAGAGAUUUUGGUUUGCUUAAGAAAUCAAUGGAGGAGCGGUCUUGUAAGCUUCAAUUCAAAGCGAGGGAACUUGAAUUGAUUGACAAGAGGGUCAGUGAACGCCUCAACGAGAGUCAAGACCAGGCCAAAGAGCUUGCAUUGAAGCAGAAAGAAGUUCAUUCGAUCAAAAAAUCUACUGAAGAGCACACCCAAAACCUGAUAUUGAAAGAGAGGCAACUUGAAGACCAGGCCAAAGAGCUUGAACUGAAGCAGAAAGAAUUUGAUUCGAUAAACAAAUGCAGUGAAGAACAGACCCAAAACCUGAAAUCGAAAGAGAGGCAACUUGAAGACCAGGCCAAAGAGCUUGAACGGAAGCAGAAAGAAUUUGAUUCGAUAAACAAAUCCACUGAAGAAUACUCCCAAAACCUGAAAUCGAAAGAGAAAACUAAUACCCUUCAUUCUCAAGUGCAGAUUGAGCAACUGGAACAUAUCCCUUCCAACAAUGCCUUUGUUCCUUCUUCUGCAAGUAAUCAAUCUAGCAUCAAUAGGGAUGGUAGAGGCUUGCAGCUGUUCGUGAAUGAGCAGUUGAAGAGAAUUGCUUUAGUGGGUAGUGAAAUCUCAGCUGUUCUUGAGGCCUCAUUGGACCAAGCAAAAUUGGUUUUGGAUGCAAUGCAAGGGUUUUACCCCUCAAAUUCGACUCUAGGCAACAGGGAAUGUGAUUUUGAUUUGGGAGUUAUUAGGAGGAGUUGUAUUCUUUUGUUAGAGGCUUUAAGGAAAGUCUCACCGCAAAUUAAUCCUCAUGUGAGAGAAGAAGCAAUUAAGUUGGCGGAUGACUGGAAGGAUAAAAUGUCGGUGGCAACAGAGAAUUGGUUGGAGAUUUUGGGUUUUUUGAGGCUUGUUACUACGUAUGAAAUCACGUCUUCUUAUGAUGAGAAGGAGCUUCGAAGUCUUAUUGCUUUAGUUGCUGAGUAUGAACAGGCAACUGAAUUAUCCCAAGCUCUUGGUAGCACAGAAAAUGCAUCUGCCAUCAUCAUUUGUUCCCCUGAGAAACCAGAAUCUUCACUGGCCAAAAAUGCAGCAGCUGUUUCUUCUCCGAAUCUUCAACUAACUGCUACCACAGAUGCAAGGAAUUUGCAGGGGUUUCUACAUGAGCUUGCGAGAGGGAAUCAUUUAAUACAGAAUGAAACUUUGGCUGCUCUUCAGACGUCAUUGGACCCAGCAAAAUUUGUGUUGGAUGUGAUGCAGAAUUCCUUUGCUCAAUACUGGGGAGACGGAGAUGUUCCUUCUAAAGAAACUGUCAUGUUGAGUUACAUUAACCUGUUGGAGCAGCUAAUGGGUGUCUCACUGCAUGUUGGACUUCAUGUGAAGGACGAUGCGGAAAAGCUAGCUAUCCAGUGGAAAGCAAAAAUGGGAGCUGAUACUCAAAAUUCAUUGGAACGUUUGGGUUUUUUGCAGUUUAUUGCUACAUAUGGGUUGUUUUCUACCUUUACUAGAGAUGAUAUUGCACCGCUUCUUGGGAGAAUUUCUCAGGAUAAACAGACUCGAGAAUUAUGUCAGAAACUCAGGUUUACAAAUAAGAUCCCUGCACAUUUUAUUAUGAAUCUUAUUGAAAGGAGGAAACUGCUUGAGGCUGUAAGGUUGAUUUGCACCUUCAAGUUCAUUGACAUUUUCCCCCCAGUACCACUCUUGGAGAAGUAUGUGGAGAACAGAAAGAACUGGAGGUGUAAAAUUUGCAAGAGAAAGAACUCACUAGAUAAAAAGGAUAAGGUUUUAGAUAAUGAUAUUGCUGACUUAAGAGCUGUGAUUCAGUGCAUCAAAGAUUGCAAGCUCGAGUCUGAAUACCCAUCCGGGAACAUUGAAAUACAAAUAGCAGUGCUUGAGAAAAUAAAGGAGGAUCGAAGAAGACGUUCAGCAACAUCUCUUGCUUGCAAAGUUGGGCAACAAGAGCAGAAGAAAUCUCUUCCCUCCAAUGUUGAGCAACAAGAGCAUAAAAAUUCUCCAGCCUCCAAAUUUAAAAUAUUUAAGUCCCAUGAUUCUCUUCCCUCCGAUGUUGAGCAACAAGAGAAGAAGAAAUCUCUUCCCUCCAAUGUAGAGCAACAAGAGCAGAAAAAUUCUCCUGCCUCCAAGAUUGAACAACAAGAGCAGAAGAAAUCUCUUCCCUCCAAUGUUGAGCAACAAGAGAAGAAGAAAUCUCUUCCCUCCAAUGUAGAGCAACAAGAGCAGAAAAAUUCUCCUGCCUCCAAGAUUGAACAACAAGAGCAGAAGAAAUCUCUUCCCUCCAAUGUUGAGCAACAAGAGCAGAAAAAUCCUCCUGCCUCCAAGGUUGAACAACAAGAGCAGAAAAAUCCUCUUGCCUCCGAGGUUGAACAACAAAAGCGCACAUGGGAUCAACUGCAUCAACAGCAACAGCAACAACAACAACAACAUCAACAGCAACAGCAACAGCAACAGCAACAACAUCCAAAUAAAUUCCAACGAACAUCAGGAUCAGCUGCUACACCAUAUCGAAUGCUAACUUCCACUCCUGACUACUAUCAUCAGCAUACAAGUUUGCCAACUUCGCAGCAUGGGAAUUAUAGACACCCUGGGCAGUUUGGUAUGCCAAUUUGGCAGUUUGGUAUGGCUGCGGCCAACCAAUAUGGAAUUGGUGCUAAUUGGGGACACCCUGGGCAGUUUGGUAUGUAUGCCAACAAUUACGCAAAUGUUGCAAUGCUGCAUUCUGGAAUACAUCAGCCGUAUCACUUCACCCCCAGCCCUCCUACACAUGGCCCUUAUCAACCCAAUAGCUAGUAUC